AUGAGUCUCCGAUCAGACACCCUCCACAAGCCCUGUGGCCAGAUGAAGGGCCAGGGUCUCGGAACCCAGAUCCCUGACACCCAGCUGAUGGAGCUGAUCCUACGCUUGCAGAAGGCCAUAGAGGACUACGUCAUGCAGCUGGAGACCAGGCGUCUGUGGCAGGAUGUGGUGCCAGAGGAGGGGAGGCACAAUGAGGCCACCAAGGAGCAGAAAGCCAGCCUCAUCCACUCAAUGUACCAGGUGGUCAACCUCUUACAGUCUGGGGCCACAGGUGGCCCAGAGCUCCCACUGUCUCGCCUUUCCCUGGACUCCAGCGGUGAUGUUGGAGGUAGGCACCAGGCCCAAUCGUCCAGGCAGCCUGACGAGCUGAGUUACCAGCUGAAUCACUUGGAGGCUGCAUUUGUCAGCAAUGUUCUGUCCAACCAUGGUAAUGACAUCACUGCAUCAUACAGCUCCUUCGUCCAGACCUUCGUGACCUACCUAAAAGACAACUAUGAUGAAGACAAGAAUACCUCGGGCUUCAUUAACCUUAGUAUUACUGAGAACAAGCUCUGCACUGGCCUGAUAACUGAAAGGUUGAGUCAGAGCGACAUGAACUAUAUUGAUGACACCCUUCUGCAAUAUUCUGACUACAAAGGACAAGCAAACCUGCGAGAAGAAGUGGCCCGGUUCCUGACUGACUAUUGCAAGGCACCUGCGCCGCUGGAUCCUGAAAAUGUGGUGGUUGUAAAUGCGUGCCUCCCUGUCUUCUCGGCGCUGUCCAUGGUUCUGUGUGAUCCAGGUGAGGCCUUUCUGGUCCCCAGCCCCUCCUAUCCUGGCUUCAGCCUCACUGCUCACCUGUAUUCAAAAGUCGAGCUGAUUUAUGUCCACCUGAACAGUGAGGUCACAGCGGAGAACUCCCGUCUGUUCCAGCUGACUGUGGGCAAGUUGGAGAAUGCACUGCAUGAGGCUCAGCUUAAGGGGCAGAAGGUGAAAGGUCUUAUGCUCAUCAACCCUCAAAAUCCCCUGGGAGACGUCUACUCCCGGGACUCACUGAAGGAAUACCUGGAAUUUGCCAAGAGGCAUACUCUACAUGUGAUUGUGGAUGAAAUUUACUUGGAGACUGUGUUUGAUGAAUCCAUCACAUUCCACAGUGUUCUGAGCCUGGAAAGUUUGCCUGACCCGAACAGGACCCAUUUGAUCUGGGGCACUGGUAAGCUGUUUGGGAGCGCUGGCUUCCAUUUAGGCGCUCUGUACACGUACAACAAGGAGGUGGCCUCUGCCGUGAGCAUAUAUGGCAUCCUCCACAGCAUCCCUGGCAUCAUCCAGCACAGGCUGUGUCGGCUGCUCCAAGACAGAGAAUGGAUUGACAAAGUGUACCUGCCCACUAAGCACUCCCGGCUGCAGGCAGCCCACAGGUACGUCACCAGCGAGCUGAAGGCACUGAAGGUCCCUUUCUUUAAUUGUGGCGCUGGCCUCAAUGUCUGGAUGAACUUGAAAGAGUACCUGGAACCAUGCACGUUUGAGAAAGAGCUGCUCCUUCAUCAGCGCUUCCUGGACCACAAGCUGGUCCUGUCCCCGGGCAAGUUCUACAUGUAUAAUGAGCCUGGUUGGUUCCGCCUCACCUAUUCGAAUAAGAUGCCCCACCUGAAAGUCGCUAUGCAUCGGUUCUCUCGGGCACUCGCUGAGCAGAAGCAGGCUCUGGCAGAGAAGUGAAUGAAGGAGGCGCUGAGGGAAUAAGUGG